AUGGAGGAGGCUGAGGAGAUGCAGGUGGAGAGGCUGCACGAGUUCGACGUAGACGCCGCCGGCGGGGGCGGCGCCGGCACGGACAAGCUCAGCUACGAGAUCUUCUCCAUCCUCGAGAGCAAGUUCCUCUUCGGCUACACCGACCCGCACCAGCUCUGGCUGCCCAAGCCGCAGACGCCGCCUCCACAGCCGACAGACCCGGCGGUCGCGGGCGGCAAGGCGGCGCAGCGGGGGAAGGUGUGCGUGCUCUGCGUCGACGGCGGCGGGGGCGGCCUACGGGCCCUUCUCGCCGGCCGCGCGCUGGCCCACCUCGAGGCGGCGCUGCAGCGCGCGUCGGGCAACCCCGACGCCCGCGUCGCCGACUACUUCGACCUCGCGGCCGGCACCGGCGCGGGCGGGGUCUUCGCGGCGAUGCUCUUCUCCACGCACUCGCGCGGCGCGCCGCUGUUCCGCGCCGAGGACACCUGGCGCCUGGUCGCGGACCACGCGCCGGGCCUCUUCCGGAGGCCCUCCACCUCCACCUCCCUCUUCCGCCGCGCGAAGAAGCGCCCGCUGGCGGCGCCCACGGCGGCGCUGAGCGUGGCCAUGCGGGCGGCGUUCGGGGAGGAGCUCACCCUGCGGGACACCAUCAAGCCGGUCCUCAUCUCCUGCUACGACCUCCGCUCCUCCGCGCCGCUCCUCUUCUCCCGCGCCGACGCGCUCGAGAGCCGCAGCUACGACUUCCGCCUCUGCGACGUCGGCCGCGCGGCAUGGUCCGAGCCGGGACGCUUCGAGCCGGCCGAGGUCGCGUCGGUGGACGGCGCGACCGCCUGCGCCGCGGUCGACGGCGGGCCCACCAUGGGCAGCCCCGCCGCCGCCGCCAUCACCCACGUGCUGCACAACAAGCACGAGUUCCCCUUCGUGCGCGGCGUCGAGGACCUCCUCGUCCUCUCCGUCGGCGGCUGCUCCGGCUCCGCCGCCGGCGCCUCCGCGGACGCCGACGUCGCGCGCAUGCGCCGGUGGGGACCCAAGGAGUGGGCGCGCCCCAUCGCGCGCAUCGCGGCCGACGGCGCCGCCGACCUCGUGGACCACGCCGUGGCGCGCGCGUUCGGGCAAGGCCACUCCUCCAAUUACCUGCGGAUUCAGGCGAAGCGGGAGAGCAUGCCGGCGUGCGGGCCGGACGGGGAGUACGACCCGACCCCGGCCAACGUGCAGGCGCUGCUGGCGGCGGCGGACGAGACCAUGAAGCAGCGCAACGUCGAGUCCGUGCUCUUCGAGGGCAGGCGGGUCGGGGACCACACCAACGCCGAGAAGCUCGACUGGUUCGCCGCCGAGCUUGUCGCCGAGCACCGCGGCAGGGGCGCCCGUAUCGCGCCCACCGUCGCGUUCAAGCAGCCGGCGCAGGGCUGAGCCGGUGUUGGCCGUCCGCACUGCC